ACGGUAACUCUACCGGCUAGCAUACAAGAUGGCGGCUCCCAUAAUAGAAACAUGUCAUGUCGCAUGUUGUGCAAAUCGAACCCCAAAUGUUCUUUCAUGGGGUCGUGGGGGGCUCAUUGCAUAUGGAACAUGCAAUUCUGUCGCUCUCUAUGACCCACAGGAGAAGUGUGUUGUUGCUGUCCUCAAUGGACAUACCGGGAGGGUGAACACAGUCCAGUGGGUCCACAGAGAGGACUGUGGUAGAGAAACUCACCUGGUGUCAGGAGGGUCUGACAGUCUACUGAUUGUGUGGGAGGCCCAAGAUGGAAAGUUUAAACAGUAUGUUGAGUGUGUUGGGCAUACUGGACCAGUGUGUGCUGUGGAUGCCAUCCACCUGGACAACAAUAAGCUACUCAUCGCCUCCACAGCCUCCGACUCCACUGUAAAACUAUGGCUCUACACUGGGAGUAAAGCGGAGUGCACCCAUACCAUAUCCUUUGGGAGCGGGUUUAUGAUGGAUGUCUCGCUAGCGUGGUUGCCAGGCAGCAGAGUUCCCAUACUUGCCUGCGGGGGCGACGAUUGCAGAAUCCAUUUGUAUGCACAGUGCAAUGGACAGUUCAGGAAAGUCCUCUCCUUGCAAGGGCAUGAGGAUUGGAUCCGUGGUGUGGAGUGGGCCUGUGUAGACGGGGAUUUGUUACUGGCCAGCUGUGCUCAGGACUGUCUGAUCCGGGUUUGGAGGCUGGUUGCCAAGUCUAGGACGAAGAGAAACGCGCAGGAAGAACGCACCAUUAGGAUGUCUGAAGAUGUCUUUACACUGACACAGAACGAUGCGUCCUCAGCAUUUGCAGUGACGCUAGAGUCAGUCCUUGCCGGCCACGAGAACAAGGUCUAUGGAGUCCACUGGCAGCCCCCUGUCAUCAAAGGUGGCGACCAGCACCAGUCUCUGAGCCUGCUCUCUGCUUCCAUGGACAAGACCAUGAUCCUGUGGGCUCAGGAGGAAGGCUCAGGGGUGUGGGUGGAGCAGGUGCGUGUAGGGGAGGUGGGGGGAAACACACUGGGUUUCUAUGGUUGUCAGAUGAGUCCAGACGGAUCCAUGAUCCUGGCCCAUGCCUUCCACGGAGCGCUGCAUCUCUGGACCCAGAGCCACGGCAAAGAGGGAGAGUGGAGUCCAGGAGUGGUGAUAUCUGGUCACUUCAACGCAGUUCAGGACCUGAGCUGGGAUCCUGAGGGGGAAUUCAUCCUCAGUGUGGGGUCAGACCAGACCACCAGGCUACUAACACCCUGGAAGAGGAUGGACCAAACACAGCCCACCUGGCACGAGAUCUCUCGCCCCCAGAUCCACGGCUAUGACAUGCAGUGUCUGGCCAUGGUGGGCCGCUUCCAGUACGUCUCCGGGGCCGACGAGAAGGUCCUCCGGGUGUUCCGCGCCCCCCGCAACUUUGUGGAGAACUUUGCAAACAUCUCUGGCACGCCUCUGGCGAAACUGCUGGCCUCCAGUGACACUGUAGAUCAACCAGAAGGGGCCAGUACCCCUGCCCUAGGUCUCUCCAACAAGGCUGUGUUUCAAGGUGAUCUUACUCCCAAGACCAAUGAAGAGGAGGGAACCGGGUUCAACAGUGUUUCUGACCAAUACCAAGAGUCCUACUUCCACCCGCUCACCCUUAAUGAGCCACCGCCAGAGGACCACCUCCUUCAAAACACACUAUGGCCUGAGGUCCAAAAACUGUAUGGACAUGGCUUUGAGAUGUUCUGUCUGGCGUCUGACAGUGGGAGGACGGUGGUGGCUUCGGCAUGUAAGGCCUCUAAGGCUGAGCAUGCGGCCGUGCUGCUCUGGAGCUCCACUUCCUGGCGCCAGCUACAGGCGCUGCCCUGCCACAGCCUCACUGUCACCCAGAUGGCCUUCUCUCCCAAUGGACUGUUCCUAUUGGCCGUGUCCCGGGACAGGACCUGGUCGCUAUGGAAACGGGACGACCCCGCCACCACCCCUACAAACACAGAGCCCCAUUUCUCCCUGUACACAUCUACCAGGAAGGACACGGCCGUACACACGCGUAUCAUAUGGUCAUGUGACUGGAGCGCCGACAACAAGUACUUUGUGACGUCGAGUCGAGACAAGAAGGUGAUAGUGUGGGGUGACUGCAGUAGUUCUGAGGCCAUUGUGACCCCUGAUGAACCCCCAGUCAUCCGGCCCUGUUCCUCCAUAAUAGAUGUAGGAGACUCGGCCACUGCUGUCUCCUUCUGCCCCAUCCUGUGCCCCGGCAACAGCUAUCUGCUGGCGGUGGGGCUGGAGAGUGGCCAGGUCCUGCUGUAUAAGUGGGAACUCAGUGAGGAGCCUGCUGGAGCAUCAGACUGGACCAGAUAUGGAGAAACAGACUCCUCUCAGAGUCACUCGCUGACGGUGAAGAGGCUGCGCUGGAGGCCGAGGGCGGGCCGAGCCGGCCAGGGGGGUGAGGAGGAAGGCGAGGGCAGCAUCACAGCAGCAGACAGCUCCUGGGUACAGCUAGCCAGUGCAGGGGCAGACCACUCUGUCAAAAUCUUCAACAUCAACAGACUGGCUGUUUAGCUAGUGUUGGGCCGGAGACACUGACAUCAUUAGAUCGUGGUAUCCUGACACUGCUGACUGAGACUACAGGGCUGUCUGGAGAGGAGUGGAUCAGACCUUGGGCUGGCUGUUCACUGGGUCAUUCCAUUCACCCUCUGUGACAACCAGCCAACUAGCUCAGACAAGAUAGUCACACGGCCAGGUCUGGUGAUCUGGGGGUCCAGGCUGCUUUCAGGAUGCCCCGAGCCCAGGACUUCUCUCUCUCUCUCGAUGCAGCCCUGGUCUUUAUCUACCGUAUUUAUGCUCUUAUUAAGGUCUGAGACGAGGGAUAUUAGGCUCACCGUUUCAACAUACUUUUAUGUUAAUGUAAUCAUUUGUUAGGGUUCGGUAACUGUCAAAUCAAGUCAUGUUUGAAAGUCCCCUGGCUUCUUGAUUACCAUAUCUUCUUUCAUUGUGGUGUAUUGCGGUCUCUUCAUGUUCUGAUGGCUUGAAAUGUCCUUAGAAAAAAAGGACACAGUACUGCUGAUACUUUUAAUGUAAAAUAAGUUACAUUUCUGAAUAAAGCUCUUUUUGUAUA